AUGAGCUGCAUCUACUGGAAUAAUGUUUUUUAUGUUACGGGAACAGAUAUCGUACGAUGUUUAACAUAUCGUUUCGAAGCAUUUGGUAGAGUCAUCCGUAACCGCAAGAAGUUUGAGGAAGGUAUAUUCUCGGAUUUACGGAAUCUCAAGUGUGAAUCCGAUGCCAUAUUGGAGGAGCCCAAAUCUGCAUUUCUUGAUUUCUUAUACAAAAACAACUGUGUCAGAACUCAGAAAAAACAAAAAGUAUUUCACUGGUUCUCUGUUGGUCACGAUAGACUAUUCCUAGAUGCACUAGAAAGGGAUCUUAAAAAAGAGAGUUCUGGAAAGAAGGCGUCUACCGAAGCAGUAGGAGAACCAGCUCUAUCAUUUAAAUACGAUAGUUCUCAGACCCUUCACGACCAACUUGCCCAUAUUAUAGAUGGUAUUCCAAAGCCGCUCGCUGCUAUUGCUGAUGCCUCUACAUCGAAUUAUUUGGUGGGCCAGUAUCCAUUUGGAAAUAUGGAGAUAGGCCCAGAUGAGAUGGGAAGUAUGCCUUUGCCUUCGGGAACGUUGGAUGGACUUGGCCCGAACAUGAAAAGGCAGUUGAAUUUCCAACAGCAUGAAUUCCAGCAACACCCACAGCAACAUCUUUUAAACUCUACAUCUACAGCUGGUACAAAUUCUACGGGAUUGCCUUUCACCGCACCUGCCCCAAUAUACCUACAGUCACAGAAUCAGGUGGCUUCAGGUAUACAACAAAGUCACCAUUUAUUGCAGCAUGGCGGCUCAAAUUCGGUUGCCAUCUCUUCAGCACAGAAUUAUCCGUCGAUGGACGGAUAUUAUAGCGCAAUCACUGCAUCUAGUAAUGUUCCAUCAUCAACAAUGGCAGCGGUAGCAGCGGCAGCUGCGGCCUCUGCGAUGGCCGAAGCAUCUUAUGUCAACACACCGUUAGAAAUCACAUCGCUUCCCAACAACAGCUUGAUAAGCAAGAUGUCGACCAUUGAAGAACCCAUUCUCGUCAAGCCUGAGGUUGAAAGUGACUUCCCGCUAGACUAUUUUCAUGACAGCACGAGCUCAGGACAGCUCCUCACAGGUAACUUUCAACAUUUUUCACAGCCAAUUAUACCCCCGAAUGGCCAUUAUGUCUAUGAUGAUGGGAAGACAGACCUCGAAACAUAUCAAACUGAGCUACAAGCACAUUUUGACUCUGAACAGGGACAAAGUGCCACUUCUGAACAUACUGGUGUUUAUGGUACCAACGGAGUGCUCCAAACACAGCUGUUAACUAGUGAAAGACAUACCAGUCAGAAUCAUGGUAGAGCUCAUGCUGAUUCUUUGGACGAUAUGGACUAUGACUCCGAUGGUUUCCGCCAGAAUCAGGAAGAUCCAUUAAGAGUUGGUAUGCGACCCAAAACUAUCCGUGUAGUUCCAACACCUAUACAUACUGCUUUGAACACUCCGGGUACUAGAUUACGGAUUGGGAAGUUCACCCCCAACCAAAACCAGGAAAAGGCUCGACGAAUGGAGAGAAUUGAACGUAUAGAAAGAGCAUAUUAUCCAACCCCAUCUGAAUCUGGAACUAGUGAUAUUAGUAUUCAACGGGUGGAUCCUGAUGAUGGUAUUGGAAGAGGAACUCCACAGCGAGGUGGAAAUAUUAACAACAUAUUAGGAGGACAGGACUUAAUGAUCGGUGCUGGAAGUGGUGAGGAUAUUAGAAAUGCUAUGUUUACGAGUAACGAAGAUUAUCAACCAGUCCCUCACCCUGUAGCUGCUACUACUGCUUAUGGACCAGGCUAUUCUACACUGGAUGUAGACUACUGGCAAAGAUAUUAA